UCAGUUGAUUGUAAAGGGCAGGUAAGUGCUCACUACAGAGCACUGUUUAAAGUCCUGCCCUCAGGGUUGGGGGUUGUUCAGUAGUAGGAAACCGUGGGUGUUUUAAGUGUGAAGUCAAAACCAAGGUGCACCUCUGGAGAGAAAUCUCCCCCCACCCUCCAUCACAUUCAUUAUCAUACUAAACUGAAAGCCGCACAUUGCUAAACUGCCUUCAGUAAACAGCUGGUGUAGCUGGAAGAAAAGAAGGCAGUUGUGGCUUACAGCACUUUGGGUCUUGCUCUCAUCAGUGAGACAAUAGAGAACAAGUAAAAAGACCCUUGAAAAUGCCAUGGAUAUGUCUCCUAACUGCAUUGCUCUUUCUUCUGCACCUCCCGUGCUUCCCUGGCCAGAACGGUGGAGAAAAUGAAGAGUCAACAGACAUUAUCAGUGUUCACGAAGGAGAAACCAUCAGCAUAACUUGUUCAAUUAAAGGUUCAGAAAAUGAAGUGGGAACAUACUUGACAACUAGCAUACAGCCUGUCAAUGUGGUAUAUGUUUCCAAGCAGAAUACUUCAUAUAUCCUUCCUGCUUUGGCUAACCGCACCAAGUACUCAAAGGAAGGAAGCAAUCUCAGGAUAACUCUGCACAAUGUACAGGAAUCGGAUUCUAAUAUCUAUCAAUGCAGUACAUAUGUUAAAACCAAAAGCUAUCACAAAAAGCUGUUUGGGAAGACAACCAUAGUAGUGGUAAAAGGUAAACCCAGUGGGAUUGUUGAACAGGCACCGCUGUAUGUGAAUCCUCAGCAAGGCCAAUCUGUCAGCAUUACCUGUGCAUUGAAAGCCUCACGUGAAGAUGAAAGGAUCUACUACUUGCUCAAAACUCACAUGCAGCCUGAACCAGUGCUGUAUGUUUCGAGUCAGAAUACUUCCACUGUUUUUCCUGCUUUUGCCAAUCGCUUGGAGUAUUCGAAGGAAGGGGAGAAAAUCGUGAUAACUCUACACAACCUAUGCAGAAAUGACAGCGACAUAUAUGUAUGUGCUGGAGUGGUGAAAAACUCUUCUUUCCUCUCAGUGAAUAGAAGUGGCACCAUGAUGCUGAUUAAAGAAGGAGAGCAGGCAGACUGCGAGAAAUGUUCCUGGCUCAUCUAUGUUCUUAUCACCAUGGUCACUCUCCUGUUUUCCGUGCUGAUGUGCUGCACCUUGUACCGUGUUGAUGUGAAGAAGUAUUUCCAGAACAACCCCCCAAAUACAGUGUACGAAGACAUGUCUUACAGUGUUAGACAACACACCUCGCGGACAACCAACGCUUACUCCAUUGACAAUUAAGCUUCUGCCAGCUGGGACCAUGCAUGGAUCAACCAUUCCUUUACAGGUCUCCCUCAGAGCUGCCUUAGCAACCUGAUGUGGUAGCUGAACUGAAAAAAUGCUGUCACUUACCUUCUUCAGAGGAAAGAAAAACCUGCCUCAUUUCCAAAGCUUUUUCUGGUUUUUGAUCACUUGUAAUUUCGGUUUUUUUUUUGGUUAAUGUAUAUAAAAUGUACAGAAAUGCAGGUACCCUGCACAUGUGUUUGCAGUUUAGGAUGGAAUGCAGUGUUUUUUGGACUAUACUUUCUGGCUGGAGGCAACAUAUGGACUCAUUUCUUUGACUGAUCAAUAACCUUUUCAGGGAAGGUGGGAUAGAUGAUGGAGAGGCCUGGCUCUGAGCUUUGUAACUGCUCAGAAAGACUGUAAGAUGCAAUGGAUCCACAUAUGCGCGGAUUGUAGUUCUCUUGUGAAUCCUCAUGGGUCUGCCGGAGAGCUCAGGUAGUGAAAACUACUCAAGAGUUACAGCAGAGAAAUCUGUUCUCAAGAGACCUCAGACACGUUGUGGCAGAGCGUGGUACGAGUGAGGUGCUGCCUGUGUGGGAGAUGCUUACGCAGAGAACAU